AAACAGGGAUCGAUCGCAAUAGAAUAAAACAAAAACAUGUACUCUCUUUUGAAGAUUCAAUAAAUUUUGGAGAUUUUUAGAUGUAAAAGACGAGAGAAAUACCCUGUUUGGAAGAUCAGAAAACGGAAGAGAAAAACAAAAGAAGCAAUGAAGAAAUGUGAGCUUUGUAACUCUGUUGCAAGAAUGUACUGCGAUUCAGAUCGAGCCAUCCUCUGUUGGGACUGCGAUUCCAAAGUUCACGCAGCCAAUUUCUUAGUAGCCAAACACUCCCGAACUCUCCUCUGCCACGCUUGCCAGUCUCCGACUCCGUGGACCGCCUCUGGACCCAAGCUCGGGCCUACUGUCUCUGUUUGCGAGUCCUGUGUUCACACCAAUAACAAAACUACUACAAAUAAUGAUGAUGAUGAUGAUGAUGAUGAUGAUGAUGAUGAAAACAAUGAUCAUGAUGGAAUUGAAAAUGAUGAUGAAGAUGAAGAUGAAGAUGGUGAUGAUAGCAGUGAUGAAGAUGAAGAUGAUGGUGAAAAUCAGGUGGUUCCUCUGGCUCUAAUGGCUCCGCCGCCGGGAGUUUCGAGUUCUUCGAGCAGUGAAGAAUCUUCUAGAAGAGAAAGUAUACCCAAAUCAUCAAUUGGGUUUUCUUUUAAAAGAUCAGGGCACUGAAGCACAUCUUCUCUCUCUCUCUCUCUCUCUGUGAAGAAGUUGAAGCAAGACUUUGAUGACUAUUAUUGAUGUGAUUGAAGAGUGGGAAGCUUCAAGACUUGUUAAUGGUGUUGGUAAUAGCUCUGUGAUCUGGGUUAGUCUUAGGUUGAUUAAUGUUAUAGUAAUGCUAAUUUAGCAAUAAUCUAACAAUUAGUCCUGUCAUUAGCUUGUACUAAACAUGAUUGUAUCCUUGGCUUAUUGCUGUGAAUUUGUGUUGUAUCUCUGUUUUAUGUGUUUUAUGAUGCUCAAAUUGAAGACACCAUUUGAAAUAAUUUGAAAAUAUGCUAACUUACCUCA